CAGGAGUUCAUCUCCAGUACUUUGAGCAGAACGUACCGAAUGAUGCAAUGCGCGUCCCUCCCCCCCCCCCCCACCUGCCUUUGACAGCAAUAUUUACCGCGAUUACGAGCCGCAAACCUGCAGCCGAGCCGGCUUUUCUGCACGAAUACGAUCUUCCCCUCGACGCGUACUCGCUGGUACUUGUUGGACCGGUUUGGAGUUUGCUCCUCAACCAAUCAGAUCCUUCGCGUGCUGCUCACCUGUCCGGAUUUCCUCCUUGUGAACGCUUCAGCGGUGACGUCAGUCCUGCGGUACCGGACCGGGCUGAUCCUCUCUCUCUCUCUGCGGGACCUGGCACGCCUCCCUCGCGUCGUCAUCGUCUUCUUCCUCCUCCUCCUCCUCCUCCAUCAUCAUCUUCCUCAUCCUCAUCAGCGCAGGACGACACGCGCGCCCGUCCGACACCCGACCAACACCCGCAUCACUUUUCCGCCUUUUGUGUCUCGGGAGUCAACGCGCGUCGUCAUGGGCAACGUGCAGCCUACAGUCGUCCCGUUCGAGGACUUUGAUGCCACGGCUGACAUCAAAGCUAUUCGCCAGGCGUGUAAAGGUUUAGGUACGGACGAAGAGGUCAUUAUUCAGAUUCUGGCCAAUCGCUCGGCGGACCAGCGCCUGGAACUCAAGCGGGCUUACUUUGAGAAGUACGACGACGAGUUGGACGAGGUCCUGACGAAAGAGUUGACGGGCAGCUUCGAGAAGGCCGCGACGGCCAUGCUGGACCCGCCUCACGUCUACUUCGCCAAGGAGCUGAGGAAGGCCAUGAAGGGGGCGGGCACCGACGAAGCCGUCCUGGUGGAGAUCCUGUGCGCGGCGACCAACCAGGACAUCGUCCGUUACAAGGAGGCCUACGCGCAGGUGCACGAACGCGAUCUGGAGGCCGACAUCGAGGACGACACCAGCGGAGACGUGAGGAACCUCCUCAUCUCACUCCUACAGGUAGCUGAACACGUUUUCUUCGCCUUGUCAGCCGCAGGAGGAAUCCGAAUUGGAGCCGCUCCUGAGGCCAGCAGGGACGAAGGCUUCGAGGCGGACGAGGAUCUCGCUUCGGAGGACGCCGCCGCUCUCUUCGAGCUGGAAAUGAAGGCUUUCCCGGCGUCUUCCGUCUGUAACCGCCAGGCAGGCGAAGGCACGUUUGGCACGGACGAGUCGACCUUCAGCUACAUCCUGUCGCACAGGAACUACGUGCAGCUUCAGGCCACCUUUAAAGCGUAUGAGGCGCUUUCGGGGACAGAUAUUUUGGACACGAUUGAGUCUGAGGCCACAGGAACUCUGAAGGACUGUUUUGUUACUCUUGUUCGGUGCGCCAAGAACCCUCAGCUGUACUUCGCCCGGCGCCUUCACGCCGCCAUGAAGGGACUCGGCACCGACGAGGACACGCUAAUCCGCGUGAUCGUGGGUCGCUCAGAGGUUGACCUUGAGACGGUGAAGGACGUGUACCUGGAAAAGUACGACGUCACCUUGAAAGAGGCCCUGGAUGCCGAGUGCGGCGGCGACUUCAAGCGUCUCCUCCUGGAGAUCUUGCACUGAGUCUUUCCGGCCUUAAUUCAAGCGUCCCGCUUCCCGUUCUCGACCUCCUCCUUCACCGUCGUCCUCGCUUUCACGAGUUGUAGCGCACUCUGGCGUGGCUUUGCGGCACACGCCCAGAAAGUAAAUCUUGCCACACUUUCGUUCGCUGCCAUUUGACGCCUCUCCGCUGUUGCUGCAUUCAGUGGAAAGUUUCCUCCUGCCACCAUUCUCAUGCGUUAACUAGCGUGUGGCAACUUUUCAGGAAAAUGGGACCAUUAAUAUCAACAUUUACACAAACGACACAUAUAUUAGUCAGUGGAGAAAAUGCUUCCGUCAUCCAGCAUAUGCGUCGGUAUCCGUGAAGGAGCGGCACAUGAUGAAUUGCAAGCUGCAACGUUCGACUCGACGUGAUCGCAUUCCGUAUCUGGCCGACUUUUAAUCACAUACGACAGUGACUUCGCUCGAGCUUUCAAACGGUGCACAAAGUGGUGUUUAACAAACACAUCUGGUAUUUCUUUUUUUUUUUUUUUUUUUUUUUUUCUCGAAAGCCUUUUCAACCACACUUACCAAAGUUCGAUUUCGGACAGUGACGGUUUUCACGCAGUCGCCGACUUUCCCGCUGAAUGGCCGAAGAAGCGGCGCGGCGCGACGACGCUCGCUCGCUGGCGCCUACGUUUGCGACGGUAGCUCGUUUCAAUCCAAAACGAUUGUGGCCGCUCUCAUAGAAUGUUGCAUUGCCAUGUACCGUAUUUAAUAAACUCGCUCGUCUAUGUAAAGUUUGCAGCAGAAAGUGGAACACGCGAACGAAUAAAUAUAUUAACAAUAAU